GUUGUAUGGAAACCAAUCUGACAGUAAAUUAUAUUUAAUAUAGAAAAAUAAAAGUUCAAUGUGAAAUUCUUUAUAAAAACUUUGAGCAAAGCACAUUUUUAAAAACAGAUGGUCAAUCACUAUUCUUGCUAUGUUUAUGAAAAUAAAUAGGACAAAUUUGUUAAAAAAUGGACUUAUUUUACAAAUGAAUUAAUUUUAAUUUUGCUACCUUCGACAGAAAUGAGGGUGCUUUUAGGGACAAAAAUUAAGUUUCAACAACACACCUUUCAUAGAUGUUAGAUUCUAGUUCUGAAUCUGAAUGUUUGUUUGCCUAUAAAAUCAGGCUGGAUCCUGAAUUCUUCUUGUUUCCUCAAGUGCCUGGCUAUGACUCUCCAAAUGAAGGUUUCCAGUUUUCUCCCAUUCUCUUGACCUGGAAUCACUGAGAACUAAAACUGCCCCUUUUUCUGAAGCCCUGCAGACUGAAACUAGACAACUUGAGGUUUGGAGAAUGUAUUUUUGUAAUUAGCCGUGUUGAUUUAAAGGAGCAGGUGGGAGAGAGGAGUAGACAUGCUGAAGGAGCUCCAGUUCUUCCUGUCGGCCAUCCUGCUGCUUGCCUGUGUCUUCUUCUACCAGCUCAGCCUGAAGUCCAGCUGUCUCUUCUCUUGCCUUCCUCCUCAAAAGGCCCAGCAAGACCUGGAAGCCCUCCUGGGCCAUGGGCAUGGCAUUGUGUUCAUAGAGACCUCAGAGAGAAUGGAGCCAACGCCUCUGGUCUCUUGUGCUGUGGAAUCUGCUGCCAAGACUUACCCAGAGAAGCCCGUGGUGUUCUUCAUGAAGGGUCUCAACACCACCACACGGCUGCCCUCAAACUCCACUUAUCCAGCCUUUUCCCUCCUCUCAGCCAUAGACAAUGUUUUCCUCUUCCCUUUGGAUAUGAAAAGGCUGUUUGAAGACACACCAUUGCGUUCAUGGUACACUCAUAUCAAUGCCAGUGUGGAGAGCAACUGGCUCCACGUCAGCUCAGAUGCGUCCCGCCUGGCCAUCAUCUGGAAAUAUGGGGGCAUCUACAUGGACACCGAUGUCAUCUCCAUCCGGCCCAUCCCUGAGGAGAACUUUCUGGCUGCACAGUCUUCUCAGUACUCUAGUAACGGGGUGUUUGGAUUCCUCCCCCACCACCCUUUCCUGUGGGAGUGCAUGGAAAACUUUGUCGAACACUACAAUUCAGACAUUUGGGGCAACCAGGGUCCCAGUUUGAUGACGAGGAUGUUGAGACUGUGGUGCAAACUUAGAGACUUCCAGGAGGUGAGUGAUUUCAGGUGUUUGAACCUGUCCUUCCUACACCCUCAGAGAUUUUACCCCAUCUCCUAUCCAGAGUGGAGGCGCUACUAUGAAGUCUGGGACAAAGACCUGAGCUUCAAUGACUCCUACGCCCUGCAUCUGUGGAACUACAUGAACAACGAAGGAAGGACUGUGGUUAGAGGGAGCAACACGCUGGUGGAAAAUCUCUGCCGUAAGCACUGUCCCAGGACUUACAGGGACCUGAUUCAAAGCCCAGAGGGAUCAGUGACUGGGGAGGUGGGUCCAGGUAACAAAUAGAGCCCACACUGGCUCUAUGUUAUAGAACUGGUUCCUGGAGUGCCAGCGUGCAGCUCAUGUCCACGUUCCCCAGGGGUGGAGGGGUUUACUCACGUAUCGCUUAAGCUCAGCUUUCUCUGUCUAUAAUACAAAAAUCCCAAAGACCAUUGGUGUAUAAAAUAUAAAAGCUUAGGGGCGCCUGGGUGGCUCAGUCGGUUGGGCGUCCGACUUCAGCCAGGUCACGAUCUCGCGGUCUGUGGGUUCGAGCCCCGCGUCAGGCUCUGGGCUGAUGGCUCGGAGCCUGGAGCCUGUUUCCGAUUCUGUGUCUCCCUCUCUCUCUGCCCCUCCCCCGUUCAUGCUCUGUCUCUCUCUGUCCCAAAAAAAAAAAAAAAUAUAUAUAUAUAUAUAUAUAUAUAUAUAU